CGAUGGCACCCUCAUUAUCGAAAAUCGGUCUUCUGCCUAUUCUUGCGCUGUCGCUUUGCUUCGGUAGUACUUUGGGUGAGCCCUGGAAAGUUAUCGACUCGGAUUUCCCCGACCCUAGCGUCAUCAAGACCGACGAUGGAUAUUAUGCCUUUGCAACCUCUUCACACGGGGUCAAUACUCAAAUAGCUCAUUCUGCAGAUUUCAACACGUGGAAGGUCUUGGAUGGCCAAGACGCGCUUCCAGGUCCUUUCCCAAGCUGGGUAAAUGGGAGCCAUCCGAAGGUCUGGGCUCCAGAUGUUAUCCAACGGAAUGAUGGAACCUUUGUCAUAUACUAUUCCGCCGCCACCAGCGGAACCAACAGUAAACACUGUGUUGGCGCCGCAACUUCUUCGUCAGUUACCGGCCCCUACUCGCCGGAGCAAGAUGUACUUGCCUGUGAUAAGAGCAAAGGCGGCGCCAUCGAUGCUGCGGGCUUCAAAGAUGACGACGGAACGUACUAUGUUGUGUAUAAGGUUGAUGGCAACAGUCUCAACCAGGGCAGCGAGUACCACCCCACCCCUAUCAUGCUGCAGAAGCUGAAGUCGGAUGCCGUGACUCCUGACGGGGACGCCGUGCAGUUGAUUGAUCGUGACGAUGCCGACGGGCCCCUGGUCGAAGCACCUAGUCUCGUGAAGAGCGGUGGCCAGUACUACCUGUCGUUCUCGUCAAAUUGGUACAACACCUUGAAAUAUGAUGUUAGCUACGCCGUCGCAUCGACCGUAACGGGUCCGUACACCAAGGCGUCGGCUCCAGACGCGCCGCUGCUGGUUUCAGGGGAUAGCAGCGACGGAGGACCUCUUGGUGGUCCCGGUGGCUCUGAUUUCCGCCAGGAUGGAGGUGCGAUUGUGUUCCAUGCUUUCAAUAAUGGGCAGAAUAUGACCAAGGGUCGUGGUAUGUGGGCGGCCAACGUCAAGAUUGGUGGAGGAAAGAUCUCUGUCCAGUGAGCCAAGGAUAUGGGCAUCAAGUGUCGUUCAUUAAAUAUAUCAAAUUUGUACGAAUAUCGUCGUUAAUAUACAUGCAUGGUAUAAUUACAUAUCUCAAGGGUAUCUGCAGUUUGCUAAUGAGCGUGGCCAUCCUGAUUCCGAGGAUGGUUCUUUUCCAGCUCACGCCAUUUCUUAACCACGACAGCUCUCUCCUCUGCUGAUGAGGCACACAUCUCCUGGAUGCCUUGUUCUAGUCGCGACCGUAAGAUGUACUUCGUCUUGUUCUUUGUU